CGUGACGCGACGGCGCGUGGUGAUGACGUCAAGUGGCCUCCACGUCGCCGGGGCGGCCAAGAUGGCGGCGGCGGAGGGGAGCGGGGCCGGGGGGACCCUGUUCCCAGGUCUGGCAGAUGUGUCGAUAUCCCAGGAUAUCCCAGUGGAAGGGGAGAUCACUGUCCCUGUGGGAUCUCACUCUCCUGAUGAGGAUUACUCCACGCUGGACGAGCCAGUCAAGGACACAAUUAUGAGGGACCUGAAGGCUGUUGGGAAGAAGUUUGUCCAUGUGAUGUAUCCCAGGAAGAGCAGCGCGCUCCUCAGGGACUGGGAUCUGUGGGGCCCAUUGGUGCUGUGUGUCUCCCUGGCUCUGAUGCUGCAGGGUGGCUCUGCAGACAGCAAGGAUGAUGGAGGGCCCCAGUUUGCCGAGGUCUUUGUCAUCAUCUGGUUUGGGGCCGUUGUCAUCACACUCAACUCAAAGCUUCUGGGAGGGACCAUCUCCUUCUUCCAGAGCCUGUGUGUGCUUGGGUACUGCGUGCUGCCGCUGACCGUGGCCAUGCUGGUGUGCAGGCUGGUGCUGCUGGCGGGUGCGGGCACCAUCAGCUUCAUCAUCCGCCUCAUCGUGGUGGGGGCCAUGUUUGGCUGGUCCACCUUGGCAUCCACGGCGUUCCUGGCGGACAGCCAGCCCCCCAACCGUAAGGCGCUCGUCGUGUACCCCAUCUUCCUCUUCUACUUCGUCAUCAGCUGGAUGAUCCUCACCUUCACCCCCCAGUGAGCACCAUCCCGAGGGACUGGGACACGGACUGGACUUUUUCAUGGACGCUGCAGUGAAUCCUUGGCUUUAUCUCUUUCUAAUUUAUAUAUAGGGAUACUGUAAAAAGGCAGGUUGUGGGAUAAAGCCAGAGAGCUGCAAAAAGUGCUUGUUUGUGUGUCCCUCUUUGUGAAAGAUACUGAGGUCCAGCUGCUGAGGGGUUUAUUUAGCCCUGUUCUGUAUUGGUGUUAAAUAAUGCCCACUGGGAGAAGGGAUUGUUCCAUCUGAGGAGAGAGCAGGAGAUCCUGGAUUUUCAAGCUGUUGGGAGAUGAAGUUCGCACGACUUGGCAGAUUUCCUGCCUGUGCCUGGAUUCUCACUGAAGAUGAAAAUGCCUUAUCAAACCAUAGAACUUCACUGCAAUGAUAUGUGGAGAGGAAAGAGACAUGUCUGACUCCUUUUCGUUCUCUUGUAGAGUGGUGGGAUGUGCACCCAGGGCAGUGUGGGACUGGGGCUUUCCCAGGAAAGGAGAGUUCAGUCAAAACUCAGUUGGGUCACUCUGGAGAGAGUUGGAGCUGGUGGCAGGGAGUUGCUUUUGCUCAUUUCCAUGUGUUGUGUGUGUCCAUCCCUUCAUGUGGCAGGAAAGAGGGUUCCAACUUGGUGCCUUCAGCAUUGCAUCCAUGAGAGGACUGUGGGCUCACUGCAAGUUACAGACCUGUGACCACAGGGGACAGAGCUCAGAGUCCUGCAGAAAUGCUGAGACUGCUUUGUAGCAGGGACUGGGCUCUGUGCAUAUGGGAAGGGAAAAAUCCCUGGAAAGUACUAUGAAUGUAUAUGUAUGAUUAAAAACAAGGGGUUCUGUGCGGGAAGUUGAGGUUUUGCUGCACAGGCUGUUUGGGUCUGAAAAACCAUACCAGGGCUUGGGCCCCAAAGUGUUAAAACAGCUUGAAGGAAGGGAAGUAAAUGGUACUAGAGGUGGUGGCUGCUCUGAAGCAGGAUGUGAAUUCUGCUCUCUCCUGCCUCUGUGUGACAGUCCUUUGGUUGUUCACAGGGCCAGCAAAGAAAUGUGUGCAAAUGUGCAUUUGUUCCCUUCUACUUCCCGUGAGAUGUCAGACACUGUUCUGAGGGUUGUUUUGUGGGGUUUAGUUUUGCUUAAUCCUUUAAUAAAAGGGAGGGAGCUCUUCCGGUUACUGCAGGUGCAUCAUGUACCUCUCCUGGGAACAGGUGUGCAAGAGUCAGGUGUAUUUUGGCACAGACAUUGGGAGCUGGGACUUGCUUUUGGAAACUGUACAGAAAUGAUUCCUGUUGUCUGUUGUCCUGAGUCAGCAAUCCAUGAAAUAUCUGGGGUGAAAAAGCUGCUGUAAAGUGUCCUUUUUCCUACAUUUGUGCAGAUAGACUGAAACUGAGGUCUGUGGGUUCUGCUGAGGUGUGAAUGUGCCUAAUUUCUAGUUCUAUGUGCAAGAGCAGUCUGUGCUGUAAACGCUGGCGGUGGGUAGGAGUUGGGAUGGAAAUUGCUGAAUUUCAGAUUAAAAGUGCAUUUUUGCAUUUGUGGAUAAUGAGCUGCUGUGUGUGGCAGGGCCUGGCUGUGGCACCAAGGGGCUGGAGGGGAGCUGUGGUGGUUUGUAGACAUGGGAACCAUGGAAGGGGGAAUUUUUAAGCUUCCAUUAAAUUAUUGCUGGUAUGGAA